AUGUUUAUGCGGAGUCAUCUUCUUUUCUCUGCUCCUAGUUCCUCAGCUGAAGAGGAUGAGGUGGUGGUGCCCGACUCGGUGGUCUGCCUGUUCGCCGAUCUACGUUCAGCUGCUAUCGCCGUUGUGUCGAAGAUCCACAUAAAGAACUUAGGCCCCGAGGCGGUCCAGACGGUGUGUCACGUGAUGGGUCAAGCUAGGACGUGCAGGCGUAUAGCGAGUUUGCUGCUCCUAUCGUAUGAUGAGCUCCUCAGUAUCCCUCGGAAGAGCACCGUCUGGGGCAUGCGAAGGCAGGCUCAGUGGGUCGAUAGCCUGUUACAGGUCUCAGCUGAAGGACAGACGUUACAUGGUGCGGUUGGUAUAAUAAGGAAUGCAUUGGAUGAGCUCAGAUUCGCCACGGGAGAAACCCAUGACAAUGACGGUACUAGCGAACUACUGGAGCAAGUUGGGAGGCAGCUGGUCGGUGAUGCUGCGAUGCUCAGCUCGUAUCCCGCUCAUAUUAAAAUACAGGCUGGGGCUGUUAGCAUAGUAUUGGGUUUUGUACCGGAUAAGGCAACAUUAGAUCUCGUCGAAAAACGGUUAAGUCAAAUUUAUGAGGCGGCAGACACUACGGCGGAGUCCAUUUUGAAAAGGAAGCAUUUGCCCAUCAAGCUGGUGAACAACACGCCUUCCACUUUGAAGGUUUGUCUAUUCAAAGCGACCGACCGUGUGUGCAUGUUCCCUGUAGAGGAGGGCACUCAGACGCUUGUACCGGGAGGUGUGGCUGUAGCUCGACCGAUAUGUCCCUCUCUGGACGCGUUCUGGGCUCGGGUUUACUAUCCAAGAACCCCAGUCGAUAGGCAAGCACAUUCUGGGGCCCGCAUAGUGCGAGGGGAGAAUUUGGUGAUUGAUGGUAUGGGCUCGGAUAUGACUGUGACGGUCGAGACUAAUUUAAAUAAGGAUGAAGACGAGGAAGACGAUUAUCGGGUUGACUAUGAAGCCUCGAGUCAUUAA